AACUAUGUCCGGCUCUAAACGGAAGUAAACAGAAACGAUGUCCUGCUAGCCUGCUAGCCAUAGCUAUGAGCCAUAGUUUACAUUAACAUUUAAAUAGCCUAGAUAAUAGACCUACGUUAUCCUUGCAGUCUUAAACACAAGGAUUUGCAGCCGUGCAUGAUUUCAGUCUAGCCAUACCCUUAAGAUUCGCACUGAGCUGAUUCGAUCAGCCAGAGAUGAAUGGACAGUCUGAUAGUGACGUGGACUACAAGAGGAAAUAUAAAAACCUUAAGCGAAAGUUGAAAUUCCUGGUUUAUGAACAAGAAUGCUUUCAGGAAGAGUUGAGAAAAGCACAGAGGAAACUCCUAAAAGUGUCCAGAGACAAAAGUUUUCUGUUGGACAGAUUAUUGCAGUAUGAGAGGGUGGACGAUGAUUCUUCAGACUCCGAUGCCACCGCGUCCUCCGAGAACAGUGAAGGAGAAGGUCUCCGGGAGAGAGAGCGGGAGGGAGUCAAGAAGAGGAGGAGUAGUCCUGUCGUCCCCGGUCUUCCAUCCUCCACGUCCUCCCACCUCUCUCUGCUCUCGCGCUCGGCCGCCAACACGCUCCCGUCGUCCACCUCCUCACAGUACCUCACCACACUACCCUUCCCGCCAGAGUAUUUGGCUCCCCCUGCUGAGCGAAUGAAGAAAGAGCGAAAAACAAAGACGCCCAAACACAAGAAAGACCCUGCAGGGAAGGUGGUGCCGCCAUUAGCCUCUAAUUACCCAUCAGCCCCUGCAGCAGCCCCGGCGGCUGGCACGCCGUUUAGCUGGGUCCCACGGCAAAUGCUGAGCGGAGACACGGCGGAGGAGGAGGGAGACAGCGACGGAGAGAGUGACCGAGGAGAGGAGGAGAGAGGAGAGGGAGACGAGGCCGAGUUAGUCAUUGACAUUCCCAAUGAAUGAAGGUGGGGACGAAGGAGUGGCCGGAGAGAAUUCUUGUCAUAUUUUUUGUGUGUAUUUUUUGUAUCUUGUUUCAUUGUUUUUUUUUGUGUUGCUCCGUCUUGAAUGUUAGAAAAUAAACACAUUUGCUACAUAA